AUGUCUCUCAAGUUUGACUCUAGUCAAGACUCCAAAGAGGGUCAUAACAUUGACAAUGCUACGAUGUCUAAUGUUCCCGAACCUACUUGGACAGAUGCCGAAGAAAAGGCGGCAGUCAGGAAACUGGACAUGAUUCUCAUGCCUCUUCUAGUACUGGGAUUCUAUGCGUUACAGCUCGAUCGUAGCAACAUUAGCAACGCGCUAACCGACACACUCACAACCGACCUGAACAUUACCAAAGACGACGUCAACCUCGGAGAUCAACUAAUGAUGGUCGGUAUCAUCAUCGCCGAAAUUCCUUCCAACAUCAUUCUACAAAAGCUCGGCGCACCAAUCUGGCUGACAGGCCAAGUCCUUAUUUGGGGAACCAUCGCCUUGACACAAGCUUGGGUCACUAAUGUGCAUACGUUCUUUGCCACCCGAUUUCUGCUUGGGUUCUUCGAGGCUGGGUUCAUUCCUGGUGCACAGUAUAUGCUUGCCAUGUUUUACAGAGAGAAGGAAUUGGCGUUACGGACGGCCAUUUUCUAUUUCGGAAAUUAUUUCGCCACUGCGACGGGAUCGUUGAUUGCGGCCGAUGUCAGCAGUAAAGACGUGGGCGGUCAUGGGGUCGUGCUCGGUAGAAACAAGCAGUCGAACCUAACGAGCAAGGUUAUUCAAGUGUUUAAAAUACAAAGGUUAUCACGUGCAGGAAAGUUUCUGACAUAG